UCGGCUUUAGUACAUUCAUCUACAUUAGUAACUGCUGGGGUAUAUUUAAUAAUUCGAUUUAAUAAUUUUUUAAUAGAGACAGAAGUUAGGGUGAUUUUAAGUUUUAUUUCUAUUCUUACAAUAUUUAUAUCAGGACUUAUAGCUAAUUUUGAGAAUGAUUUUAAGAAAAUUAUUGCGUUGUCUACUUUAAGGCAGUUAGGUUUAAUAAUGAUAGUUUUAAGAUUUGGAUAUAGAAUAAUAGCUUAUUAUCAUUUAUUAGUUCAUGCGAUUUUUAAAUCUAUAUUAUUUAUGGCUGCUGGGGCAGUUAUUCAUUUAAUAAAGAAUACUCAAGAUAUUCGAUUAUUAGGUAACUUAAAUGAGGUAAUUCCUUAUGUAAUAAUAAGGUUAAUAAUUUCUAGAAUAGCUUUGAGGGGGAUACCAUUUAUGGCUGGAUUUUAUAGAAAAGAUUUAAUUAUAGAAAUUAUUUAUAGGAGGAAAUUAAAUUUAUUUAUGUUAAUAUUGAUGAUUAUAUCAUUGUCAUUAACAGUAUCAUAUUCAUUGCGAUUUUUUUAUUAUAUAUUUUUUAAUAGAAGAUUUAAAUUUUAUAGGUAUGUGUAUAUUAAGGAAGAUAAAAUAAUUAAUAUUUCGAUAGUUUUUAUAAUGUUAUUAAGAGUGAUAGUAGGAUCUGUAAUUAAUUGAAUUUUUUAUUUUGAUUAUUAUAUAGUUUAUCUACCUUUAUUAGAAAAAUUAGUUACUUUAAUAAGAUGUAUGAUUGGGAUUUUAAUAAUAGUAAUAGUAAUUAUAAUAG